GUUUGGUAGUCGAUAUUUUUUUUUCCCUUUAGUAUCGGUACCACCAACAACAAUUAUCACCACAUAUCUGAUAAUUCCUCACACACAAUGCUUCGCACAGUCAAACCUCGCAAUGCCCGCUCCAAGCGAGCCAUGGAGAAGCGGGAGCCCAAGGCGGUCGAGAACCCCAAGACAUGCCUGAUGCUGCGCGGCAACAGCUGCUCGCAAGUCGUCCAGGACGCCCUGACCGAUCUGUACUCGAUGCGUCUGCCCUUUGUCAAGAAGUUCACCAAGAAGAACGCCAUCCACCCCUUCGAGGACGCCUCGUCGCUCGAGUUCUUCUCCGAGAAGAACGACGCCUCGCUGCUCGUCUUUGGCUCCUCGCAGAAGAAGCGCCCGCACACAAUCACCUUCAUCCGCACCUUUGGCUACAAGCUGCUCGACAUGCUAGAGCUGCACCUCGAUGCCGACAGCUUCCGCGCCAUGGCGCAGUUCAAGACCAAGAAGUUUGCCGUGGGCAUGCGGCCCAUGGUCCUCUUUGCCGGCACGCCGUUUGAGAGCCCCGUCGCCAACGAGUACACGCUCGCCAAGAGCCUGCUGCUCGACUUCUUCCGCGGCGAGCCCCUCGAGAAGGUCGACGUCGAGGGCCUGCAGUACAUGGUGUCGGUGACGGCCGAGGAGGACACGGGCGCAGAUACAAAGCCCGCCAUCCACCUGCGCGUCUAUGCCAUCCGCACUAAGCGCAGUGGCCAGCGUCUGCCCCGUGUUGAGCUUGAGGAGAUUGGGCCCCGUAUGAACUUCCGCGUGGGCCGCUCGCGUGAGGCCGACGAGGCGAUGCUCAAGGACGCCCUCAAGACGCCCCGUGGCCUGGAGGAGCGCACCAAGAAGAACAUCACUACGGACGUUAUGGGUGACAAGAUUGGCCGUGUCCACUUGGGCAAGCAGGAUCUCAGCAACAUGCAGACAAGAAAGAUGAAGGGUCUCAAGCGCAGCAGAAACGACGACGAUGAGGAUGGCCUCAUACUCCACGAGAUGGACGACUCCAAGCGCUCCAAGCAGUAAGCCAGCGGGAGCACUGCUUGCUAUCGCCAGCAUUUUUGGGUUUAGUUUUGCGGGAUUCGUGUUUUGCUUUUGUUUUCUUAUAUCUAUCAAUCAAUCCAUCAUGGCUUGGGCGUUAUACGGCGUGGCAUGGAAAAUAAAAAGGAGGCCUUAUUUUAGUUGUCUUCCUUUGUUAUUAAAAGACAAAUAUUCUUACACACAUAAACUUUGAUUCUGAUGUCCUCUGUCGGCUGCUUGUGAUAUAAACACCGUAAUAUUAUUUUGCUACAUUGCAACCACAAACGAUAUGGUCUAGUUACGGCAAGGAAAUCAUGCGCUUCUAUACAGCAAUUCAUCGUCCAUAUCCCACCAUAAAUAAAUGGCUUGCACCAUCUCCAACUUUUUCCCGUGUACAUUUCUCCCUUUUCCCAGCCAUUGGGCAACACCUGCUUCCAAAACAAAACUUUCCCAAUGAAAAACCGCCGUCGUAGCUGCCAUCUCGUUAAAAAAAAACACUAAAACGCCAAGUAAGCCCUCAUAAUGACCCGGCCAUCAGUCAUCACCAAUCGCCGGGCUAUUGAUGAACCAAAGAAAACGCCCAAGUCAUGCCAUAAUUAGUUCUACACGUGUUGCGUCGGGUGGACUGUUGCGCACCGUCCUGUACAGCAAAACGAAAGAAAAUGAAGAAGAAUUCUAUCCAUGACUUUCAUCUUAAUCCAAGGGAACCUCUUCGUAGCCCAGCUCGUCUGUGACGGACGCUGGCGGCGAAGCAGGAGACGCGGGCACGGCAUUGCCCAUCUUGGCCAGCAGCUCAAUGUGGCUCAUCAUGGUCUCCAUCAGGCCCUUGUCUCCCUCUGGUCGGACCUCGCACUCUGUACCCCAGACGGAGGCCGGGAUGUUGCCGUCUUCGAGAAGGGAGAUUCGAACCGGCCACUCCAGGUGCUUCCACCAUUUCGACCCAGGCUCAAACAGGCCAAUGAUACCCAUGACUUCUCUGCGCGACACAUCACCAAGCCACCAGACAGGCUCCAUGCGUUUGAGUAGAGCAAAGAAGCAGGCCAAGAUGGCGAGGGCUCGCGGUCGCUUUUCCGUCACCAUUUCUACAAAUCGCUUUGAGACGGUGGCGGGGAAGGCGAGCGCCGCGGGGGGAUACGGGUUCCUAUGCGCCCAGUUGAGGACUGAAACGGCGUGUGAGUAGGCCUGGCUGGAGUAGGCUGCUUUUUGAGGGUCUUCUGUGCCGACUUCUGCUGCCAUGUCGUCGAGUAGGUGCGCAAAGAAGGACUCGCCGCCCAGAGGGUUCAUAUUGAGCUGGAAGCCGGGCUGUGAUUCAAUCACCAUCUUGACGGCAGCACUGUUUCGAAUCCAUUGCCAAGAAAGCGAAACCACCGUCUUGACGCCUUGGAAGGCGUGAAACCAGGCCAGAGGCAGGGUGUAGGACGUCUUGGGGUUUCCGGGGACCGGGGUCGUAUCGCCGUCGUCCUUGACAAAGAGACGCGACGCACUGGCGUGAAAGGCAAUUAGGGACGACGUCAAGAAGAGCGCUUCGGCAUUGUCGGCCGUGAUGCCGUUGGUCAAGGCCAUACCGUAUUCUUCCAGUGCGUUGGCAGAGUAGGCGUGGCAGGCGUAGACGAGGGCCUUUUCUUCGGGGUGCAUCGAGCGCAAGUGUAGCGCGGCGACGGCCAGCAGGGCAUCCGUCAGAUAGGGCUUACCAGCAAAGGCAAUGUGCGGAACGUCGUGUAGCCAAACGGUACCUGAAGAGUCUGCAUUGUUGAUGAGUGUCUUAUAUGUGUUGGAGGUGAAGUGGUGCCAUAGGCGCAGUUCCAUCAGUCUGUCCACGGGGCGUUUAGACGGCGGCCCUGUCGGGGCAGGCAUGCAUUCGGAGAAGACGGGAGAAAUCUGAGGAGGCUGAAUAGGGGAUCGCGGCAUGGAGUGUUUGGAGAGGGGAACGGAUCGGGACGAGUAGUUUGUCGGGCUGCCAGCGGACGAGGCGCCGCCGACGGAAGUGACGGAAGCGAGCUCAUCGAGGACUCUGGGGUUUUCGAAAUCGCACGAGACGCCGUGUUUUACGCAGUUGCCACAUCGGGGAUGGACUUCAUCGCACUGGAGACGGGAGGAGGUUAGCAGCGAAGCGAUUUGGAGGCCGGCAGCAAAUCAUCAUAACGGGAGCUCUGUCGGGGUAAGAUGCACAGGCAUAGGGGGCAGGGCCAGAGGAGGGGAGCGGGGAGCGCACCUUAAUUUUUCUAUUCUUGCACCUGCGACAGCCGGCGCGCGACUUUUUAUGAGAUCGUCUGGGAGGCAUCGCCGGGUUUGGGCGCGACAAUUGGCGGUCGUGGUGGUGAGUCGGCGAGAGGAAGGCGUGAGAACGGGUACUUUGUAGGGGACGGUUGAGCGGCCCCAAGUGCAGCAACAGUUCGCAAAGCACUAACUAGAGCCCGGAAAAGGCGGGGAGGACGAGGAAGAGAAGGGCAGCAGCUCUAACGUUUGGGGGCAGGCCAGUAGCAGUGAAGGCGUUUAUCAGUUGCAAGGCUAAAGCCGGCAAAAAAAGAAAGCAAAUAAAAAGACAAGACAGGCUUCUGCAGGCAGCUGGGACUAGACGAAGCGGUGACGAAGGAGGCGGCGUUGCCAAUUGGUGUGGUGGUUGCAAGCAGCGUGAAUGGGCGACAGGCGCAAAAGGGGAGGCGAGCUAGAACAUGAAGUACUGCAGAAGAGAGAAAAAGAGAGCGAGAGAGAGAGAAUAUAGCGUGUAAGUAGGGCGGGUUCGUUUAGCUGUGGUGAUUGGUACAGCUGCUUAUCCGCGUGGGUUUUCUGUUCCUUUUUGUCCUUUUUUUCUCUUGUAGGCGGAGAAGGAGGGAAAACGGGGGCGUGGAACUGGUGGGUGAGGGGAGAGAGAGAAGCUUCAGUUGGCUUAAACAAGCGACACAGCACCGCCGGGGGGGUUACUGUAGCAGGUAAGAUCUGGAAGAAGAGUAAGCAAAAACCAGACACGAAAGAAAUAAAUAAAAAAUAAGAGGGAAAAACAGGAGGUGGGGAAGACAGCGCAAUUUGAAUAAUUGUACACCAGGAAAAAUAUAAGCAUAAAAUAAAACACACAAGAAGCCUUAUCCAAUUGGGGAGAAAAGCCAGCGAUGCCGCUAUAUGAGAGAAAACAGGGCAAGGGA